GGUCGCUGCCGGAGAAGUGCUGUGGCCCGGUGACCAAAGGGCAGGGGUCUCAGCACAGUCUGUAGGACUUAGGAAAGGCGGCCAGCUCCUGCAAAAGCCUGAGGAAGCCAAGCCUGGGUGCCCAGAUGGGACAGGUAGAAGAGGCUGGGGUUUUUUCCGGGACGUGCCACUGCCUCCUUACUUUCUCUGGAGGCAGCUUCUGCUGGACAGUGGAAUUUUACCAAGACAGGUCCCUCCCUCCUGGCCGGGGAUUCUCAGUUCUGUCUACUUUCCACAGCUGGGUUACCCCAGGGGCCGGGGGCUGGGGGUGGGAUGGAGAAGAAAAGAGGGGGCUCUGCCCCAGCGGUGCCGUGUCUUCACCCGUACACGUGCCCUGCCGGGAGAGGAAUAGGUUCUGAGCUCGGGGAAGUUCGUACUGGAUCCAGUGUAUUAUUACUUCCUUCUGACUGGACCAGCUACCCUGGACUUUGUCUUCUUUGCCUUGGCGUCCUGGUGAGGGCUCCUGGAAGGGGCGGGGGGCGGGGGCGCAGUGCAGAGCUGGUGGCUGCCUCAUCUUGUUUUCUCUGCCUUCAGCCCCAAGACCUCAGACGCAGCCACUAUCAGUCAAGUCACUCCCGGGGCUGAGGAAGUAGGGGGGAGGGAUGAGGGGCAGGGAUGGAGGCCCCAGUCCCUGAGGUUGCCUAGACAACAUGUGAAAUCGUGGCCAGGGCCUCUUCCGCCUGCGGGGCGCUGCUUCCUGCAUCAGUCACUCCCGCUGGGGGCGGGGCGGAGGAAGGGGUUGGAUGUGGCAGAGCCAGGCCCCAGCCGGUGCCGCUCAGACUCCUCCACUGUCGCCGUGGCCUCAGCCAUGGCAUCAUAUCCAUCUGGCCCCAGCAAGCCCAAAGCCAAAUAUCCCUUUAAGAAGCGGGCCAGCCUGCAGGCCUCCGCUGCGGUUCCAGAGGCUCGGGGUGGUCUGGGGGCCCCUCCGCUGCAGCCUGCCCGAUCCCUGCCGGGCCCCGCCCCCUGCCUCAAGCACUUCCCGCUCGACCUGCGCACGUCUAUGGAUGGCAAGUGCAAGGAGAUCGCCGAGGAGCUGUUCAGCCGCUCACUGGCAGAGAGCGAGCUCCGCAGUGCCCCAUAUGAGUUCCCGGAGGAGAGCCCCAUCGAGCAGCUGGAGGAGCGGAGGCAGCGGCUGGAGCGACAGAUCAGCCAGGAUGUCAAGCUGGAGCCAGACAUCCUGCUUCGGGCCAAGCAAGAUUUCCUGAAGACGGACAGUGACUCUGACCUACAGCUCUACAAGGAGCAGGGUGAAGGGCAGGGUGACCGCGGCUUACGGGACCGUGAUAUGCUGGAGCGGGAAUUUCAGCGGGUCACCAUCUCUGGAGAAGAGAAGUGUGGGGUGCCAUUCACAGACCUGCUGGAUGCAGCCAAGAGUGUGGUGCGGGCGCUUUUCAUCCGAGAGAAGUACAUGGCCCUGUCGCUGCAGAGUUUUUGCCCCACCACUCGCCGCUACCUGCAGCAGCUGGCUGAGAAGCCCCUGGAGACACGGACCUACGAGCAGAGCCCUGACACUCCUGUGUCUGCUGAUGCCCCGGUGCACCCCCCUGCCUUGGAGCAGCACCCAUAUGAGCAUUGUGAGCCAAGCACCAUGCCUGGGGACCUGGGCUUGGGUCUGCGUAUGGUGCGCGGUGUGGUGCACGUCUACACUCGCAGGGAACCUGAUGAGCAUUGCUCAGAGGUGGAGCUGCCGUAUCCUGACCUACAGGAAUUUGUAGCUGACGUCAAUGUGCUGAUGGCUCUGAUUAUCAAUGGCCCCAUAAAGUCGUUCUGCUACCGCCGGCUGCAGUACUUGAGCUCAAAGUUCCAGAUGCACGUGUUGCUCAAUGAGAUGAAAGAGCUAGCUGCCCAGAAGAAAGUGCCGCACCGAGACUUUUACAACAUCCGUAAGGUGGACACACAUAUCCACGCUUCAUCCUGCAUGAACCAGAAGCAUCUGCUGCGCUUCAUCAAGCGGGCAAUGAAGCGACACCUGGAGGAGAUUGUGCACGUGGAGCAGGGCCGAGAGCAGACCCUGCGGGAGGUCUUCGAGAGCAUGAAUCUCACUGCCUAUGACUUGAGUGUGGACACACUUGAUGUGCAUGCGGACAGGAACACCUUCCACCGCUUUGACAAGUUCAAUGCCAAAUACAACCCUAUUGGGGAGUCUGUCCUCCGGGAGAUCUUCAUCAAGACGGACAACAGGGUUUCUGGGAAGUACUUUGCUCACAUCAUCAAGGAGGUGAUGUCAGACCUGGAGGAGAGCAAAUACCAGAAUGCAGAGCUGCGGCUGUCCAUCUACGGGCGCUCGAGGGAUGAGUGGGACAAGCUGGCGCGCUGGGCCGUGAUGCACCGAGUGCACUCUCCCAAUGUGCGCUGGCUCGUGCAGGUGCCCCGCCUCUUCGAUGUGUACCGCACCAAGGGCCAGUUGGCCAACUUCCAAGAGAUGCUGGAGAACAUCUUCCUACCACUGUUUGAGGCUACUGUGUACCCUGCCAGCCACCCAGAGCUGCACCUUUUUCUGGAGCACGUGGAUGGUUUUGACAGCGUGGAUGAUGAGUCGAAGCCAGAGAACCAUGUCUUCAACCUGGAGAGCCCCCUUCCAGAGGCUUGGGUGGAGGAGGACAACCCACCCUACGCCUACUACCUGUACUAUACCUUUGCUAACAUGGCCACAUUGAACCACCUGCGCAGGCAGAGGGGCUUCCACACGUUUGUGCUGAGGCCACACUGCGGGGAGGCUGGGCCCAUCCACCAUCUGGUGUCAGCCUUCAUGCUGGCCGAGAACAUCUCCCACGGGCUGCUUCUGCGUAAGGCCCCAGUGCUGCAGUACCUGUAUUACCUGGCCCAGAUCGGCAUCGCCAUGUCCCCGCUCAGCAACAAUAGCCUCUUCCUCAGCUACCACCGAAACCCACUACCUGAGUACCUCUCCCGUGGCCUCAUGGUCUCGCUGUCCACUGAUGAUCCUCUGCAGUUCCACUUCACCAAGGAGCCACUGAUGGAGGAGUACAGCAUUGCUACCCAAGUAUGGAAACUCAGUUCCUGCGACAUGUGUGAACUGGCCCGCAACAGUGUGCUCAUGAGCGGCUUUUCCCACAAGGUAAAGAGCCACUGGCUGGGACCCAACUACACUAAGGAGGGGCCUGAGGGCAACGACAUCCGCCGCACCAAUGUGCCAGAUAUCCGCGUGGGCUACCGUCACGAGACCCUGUGCCAGGAGCUGGCGCUCAUCACGCAGGCCGUCCAGAGCGAGAUGCUAGAAACCAUUCCCGAGGAAGCAGGCAUAGCCACAAGCCCAGGGCCUCAGUGAGCCCGGCCCAUGCGCUGCCGACCCCGUCUCAGCACCGAGACAACCUUGAUGACAUUUUCUUCUCAGACCCCUCCCGUCCCUGUGUGUUCUCUGCAUGUCUCUUUGUUUCUAUCCUGCAUGUCUUUGACUGUGUCCUGUCCCUGGGCCACCUCAGUGAAAGUAGCUCCUGGGGAAUCUGCCUCAUCAUGGUUUUGGUUCAGGUGGUACCUGGUGGACAACCAGGAUUUAAGGGCUGGCUUUGCUGACGGCCCUGUCCCAGGAUCCUCAGAAGCCUGGCUGUCCUGUGGGUGUCUCCAGUGUCCACAGAGGCUUGAGCGGUUGUGAGGGGCCGGCCCCUUUGGCCUCUCGGGUCCCGCCUGGGCACAUCUGAGCUUUGGCUGGAGCUGCAGUUUGAUCCCUGUCUUGUUUAUGUGGCUGAGGGGGGCCUUGUGUGCUGCUGCUGUCGGCACUGGGCCCUCGAGGCUCUGGAGCAGCUCUGCACUGGGUUUGCUCCUGGCCCUGGGCUGCCUAGCCUGAGGGGCUGGAUUUGGGCCUCCGAGGUGCUGGACCACUGCCUCUGCCUAGUCACUGCCCAGCAACCUUCUGUGUCCUUGUCCAGGUCCAUGUGCUUCUCCUCUGGGUCGGGUCCCUGAGCUCCUGUGGGAGGGGGCAGCACGCUGUGCUGUGUCUGGGGCCACUGCAGCUGGAGGGUGCUGGAUCUGCCUGUAGCUCUGGGGGUGAUAUCCCCUUUCAGGUCCCCAAACCUUUGACUGGACUUGGACCCCAGCUGGCCCCCAUGUUGUAUUCUGCACUGAGGCCUUUGCUAUGAAAAGUAGCAUUUCAUAUGACCCAUUUUCCUAGUGCAUGAGAAAUAAAGAUUAUUUAAGUAAUGAA